AUGCAAUAUCUUGAAAGUUCUCAUCUUCCAAGCAAUCAACUAUGGAUUGAGGGUGUUAUAGACAGUGAACUUUCUUCCAAUUUGGAUGGCACCAAGAACGUUGCUAGUCAAGUAACAAUGUGGGACACAGGAGGCAUGGAGCGGGCUUCCCUCACGGGAGGGUACUACCGGCAAGCAGACGGGGUUAUCCUGUGCUUCAGUCUGACGGACCCAGAGUCCUUUAACUGUCUGUCACAGUCCAUGCUGGAGGUGGCCAUGUACUGCAGCGUCUCCAAACUCUUCAUCUGUGGGACCAAAGUGGACGAGAUCUCGCGAGAUCACGACCCGCACUCUCUUGUGACUGAGGACGAUAUCGAGAUUUUCAAAGCGCAGUGCGGGGACGAGGUCGUUGGCGGUGUUUACCAAGUAUCAGCCAAAACAGGGGCGGGUGUGGAGGAAAUGUUUGAUGACGUUGCGCGGGUUUUGCGCGACGAAUUGGACCAGAAGAGACGCGAGAUAAGCAGAAUACGACUGGGUGCCGAGUUAAAUGAAGGUGUGCCAUCUGAAAAUAAGAAAGCGUGUGCUUGUUAACUUUGCUGGGAGAAAAUGUAAGAACAAUUUAAAAGCUUCUUCAAGAGAAUAAUGCAAUAUCUUGAAAGUUCUCAUCUUCCAAGCAAUCAACUAUGGAUUGAGGGUGUUAUAGACAGUGAACUUUCUUCCAAUUUGGAUGGCACCAAGAACGUUGCUAGUCAAGUCUCAUCUCUGUGACAGUGUCAUGCUGGGCAUUGCCAAUUUACACUGUACAUGCACAUGCCUUUCGUGGUUGAACAGAAAGU